AUGACUAAGUUUCCAAAGCUCACUGGCUUAACCUCACAAAACCUUUUGCCGGGCCGCCUUGUGAAAGAAGUUCUCCUCUUGCUACUCUCAUACCUGUCUCUUCUUAAGCAACUCUUCUCCUUUCGACAUGAUCAUCAUCGGCCGACCGAGGAUAUUCGGCCAUCUCCUUCAAUGGUACCCGUCCCUUUCCACCUCAUAGGCGAAUCCAUCAAGAAUCGACUUCCUUGUGUUCAAUAUGACGAUAUUCUCGAAAGAAGAGGAGCUUCUACAGUCAAGGACUGCGUGUGCGUUGUGUGCAUCAGUUCCAUAGAGGCCAACGAUGGGGUUAGAGAGCUAUGCAACUGCUGUCAUCUGUUCCACAAGGAGUGCCUUGAUACUUGGAUUGGUCAGGGCCAGGCGACAUGUCCUUUGUGCAGAUCCAAGCUAUUUCCAUUAAUCCAAAGAGAAGAGCUUGGAAUAAUAUCGGAAGAUGAUCCAUGGAGAAUGGAGAGAAUGAUUUACUUGUUUGGUGAGGAUUAUUUUAUAAAUACUCCUUGA